AUGGAGCCCUCGGAAUCCAGAUCUACGUCCGCCCUGGCCUCCUACAGCGCAGAAGAGCUCUCCCCGCUUGAACAAGAUGUGCUUGAUGAAUAUGAGCGGCUAGCAGAGAAUAUGAAGAAGUUGGCGAGUCUGCUGGACAAUAUGGCAGGCAAACCAACGGCGGAGAUCCUGGAUGGGUUGAGGCAGUUGGAGCGCAAGACGAGUCUGGUGUUCACGUUGCUGAAGGCAAGUGUUUAUAGCAUUGUGCUGCAGCAAGAGAUCUAUUCGCGGGACCAGGAGGGCGGGGAGGAGUGA